AUGGUCGACUCCUCCAACUGUGGGAAAUUGUUUCCGGCAAUUAUCUUCGCUGUACUCUUACUGUGUUCCGAUGCAGUUCAGGCUAAAUCUCGUGUCCCGAUUACGGACACUGAGAUUCAACAGAAGAAAAACGAUUGCUAUGAAGACAUCGAGAGUGGAUUAUGGGGUCAGCAAUGUAAGUCUUCAACUAUAGCUAAGGAAAAUUGUGCUUUACGAUGUCUGUCGCCAGUUUGUUACGAGCUCAUCUACGAAAGUGAUCCGUUGGAAGAAGGGGAGAAAGACUUCACUAGGAGUUCAGAGUACAAGUACUGCAUGCACAGUUUAUGGUGGAUUUUUGUUGCUGGCUAG